CUCAUCAUUUCCUCAUCUUGCAUAUCUUGAUCUUAGCAUAAAUUAACUCUUUGGAGUUAUCCCUGCACAAAUUGGUAAUCUCUCCAAACUGAAGUAUCUUGACUUGCAAACUAAUCAGUUUUCUGGGAAAAUACCAACUGAAAUCGGUCUCCUUACAAAUCUUGAGACCCUUCACCUGGCUGAGAAUCAAUUGAAUGGUUCAAUUCCAAAAGAAAUAAGCCAACUAAGUUCUCUUAGUGAACUGGCUCUGUCCAGUAACUACUUGAACGGUUCAAUUCCUACUUCUUUGGAAAAUUUAACCAAGUUGGCUUGGUUGUCUCUCUUUAAUAAUUCACUUUCUGGUUCCAUUCCUCUAGAAAUGGGAAACCUCUCGAAUUUGGUUGAACUUUACAUCGAUACUAAUAGCUUAACUGGUCCAAUCCCUUUAAGUCUUGGAAACCUUAGAAACCUGGAAGUCUUGCACAUGUUCAAAAACCAACUUUCUGGUUCCAUUCCCAAGGAAUUAGGAAAUUUGGAGUCCCUCACUGAAAUUAGUCUUCAUAGUAACAAUCUUUCAGGUUCAAUUCCAUCGUCUUUUGGUGGUCUGAGAAGUCUCAUUUAUCUUCAUUUAUACAAUAAUACACUUUCUGGCUCCAUUCCCCCUGAAAUAGGAACUCUGAAAAAUCUGACUGAUUUAAAGUUAAGCCAAAAUCUACUCAGUGGUUCUAUUCCUGAUUCUUUUAAAAAUCUGAACAAAUUAGAGAUUUUGCACCUUCGUGAAAACCAUCUUUCUGGUACCAUUCCCCAGGAAAUAGGAAAUUUCAUGAGUUUGACUAUAUUGGAAAUAGACCAAAACAACUUCACUGGUUCUUUACCCCAUAAUAUAUGUCAUGGUGGUUCACUUGAGAGGUUCAGUGCGAAAGACAACAAUUUUUCUGGUCCAAUUCCCAAAGACUUGAGAAAUUGCACAAGCCUGACAAGAGUCCUUAUAGGAGGAAACCAACUUGUUGGAAAUAUAUCUGAAGAUUUUGGCGUCUAUCCAAAGCUAGAUCUACUAGAUCUCAGCCAUAAUAAAUUUUAUGGUGAAAUCUUGUCUAGCUGGGGACAGUGUCCAAAAUUAGGCACCCUAAAGAUGGCAAAGAAUAAUCUUACUGGCAGUAUACCAGUUGAACUUGGAAAUUUAACUCGACUCGAUGUUCUUGAUCUUUCUUCAAAUAAUCUAGUUGGGGAGAUUCCAAAAGAAUUCGGAAAUUUAACUUCUUUGGAGCAUCUAAUUUUGAAUGGCAAUCAAAUUUCUGGUGGUAUACCUCCGGAAAUUGGAUUACUCACCAAAAUCAAGAGUCUUGAUUUGUCUGCAAAUAGGUUGAGCAAAUCAAUCCCUGGAAGUCUAAGGAACUUGUUGCAAAUGUACAGCUUGAAUUUGAGCAACAACCACUUUACCCAAGAAAUUCCUCCUCAGUUGGGGAAGAUAAGUCUGCUGACAGAGUUAGAUUUGAGUCAUAACUUCCUCAGUGGAAAGAUACCCUCUGAAAUUUGUGAUUUAGAGGACUUGCAAAAUCUUAAUUUCUCCCACAAUAACCUCUCUGGGUUCAUUCCAAGAGAAUUUAAAAAGAUGCACCUGUUGAGUAUUGACAUAUCUGACAAUGAGUUGCAAGGUCCAAUUCCCAACACAACAGCAUUUCGAGAUGCCACCAUCGAAGAGCUACGAGGGAACAAAGAUUUGUGUGGUCAUGUUAGAGGGCUACGACCUUGCAGAACUUCACCUGUAGCAAAACAUGGCCUAAAAAAGGGUUGGAUAAUCUUUUUUACAAUUUGUUUCCCUCUUCUAGGGGCUCUUGUUCUUUCUCUUGUGGUGAUCUGUAUACUCUUUAGUUCCAAAAGAACAAAGAGAGACUCACAAGAUAAAGAAAGUGGGAUAAACAAUGAAGAAUUUCUCUCGAUAUCAACUUUUAAAGGAAGAAAGAUGUAUGAAAAAAUCAUAGCAGCAACCAAGGAUUUUGAUGCCAAUCACUUCAUUGGGAAAGGCGGUUGUGGAAGUGUUUACAAAGCUGAGCUAUCACCGAGGAAUAUUGUAGCAGUUAAGAAAAUCCAUUCUAUGUAUACAGGUGAUAUAGCCAAUCAAAAAGAUUUCUUGAGCGAAAUAAGGGUACUGACAGAGAUAAAGCAUCGAAAUAUCGUGAAAUUUUUUGGUUUUUGUUCACACUCUCGACACUCAUUCUUAGUCUACGAGUAUCUUGAGAGAGGCAGCUUGGCUGCAAUUUUGAGCAACGAAGCAGGAGCAGUAGUGCUGGAUUGGAGUAAGAGAGUGAAUGUCAUAAAAGGUGUGGCUCAUGCCAUGUCUUACAUGCAUCAUGAUUGCUUCCCACCAAUUGUCCAUCGCGACAUAUCAAGCAAGAACGUGCUGCUAGAUAUGGAAUAUGUAGCUCAUGUCUCAGAUUUUGGAACUGCUAAGCUUCUCAAGCCAGACUCAUCUAAUUGGACUCAACUUGCAGGCACAUAUGGAUACAUUGCACCAGAGCUUGCUUACACAAUGAAGGUGACCGAGAAAUGUGAUGUGUAUAGCUUUGGGGUGUUGGCACUGGAAGUCAUCCUAGGGAAGCAUCCCAGCGAUGUUCUCGCCCCAUUUUCAGGUUCAUUUGCAAACAUGAACAUAGAGCUUGAUAAUAUGUUGGAUCCAAGGCUUCCAUUUCCCUCCCUGGAAGUUCAGAACAAAUUGAUUUCCAUCAUAAAUGUGGCCUUUUUAUGCUUAGAUGCAAAUCCACAGUCUAGACCGACCAUGCAAAUUGUGUCUCAUCUUUUGUGCAAUUAAAUCUUGUCAUUCUAGUACACCCUUUCUUAAGUUUCUGAAUCUAUUAUUUGUAAGCUUUGUCCUGUUUGUACUAGCCUAGCUAGAACCGGGCAAAUAUUUUUUUCUGUAUUUUACUGAAUUACAUAUUUAAUAAAAGUUAUCAUA